AUGCACUUCUCCAACAUCCUCAUCGCGGCUUUCGCGACCAUGGCCAUGGCCUCCCCAGCCACGACACGCUCCGUUCGCGAGCCAGGUCAGGUCGACAUAAAACUCCCCAAUGGCUGCACCAAGACCAACCUCGCCAAGUGCGUCGGCCACCUCGCAGCCGCCUCUGCUUCCUGCGGUGCCGCUGCCGGAGAAGCCGGCCUCAACCCAGUCGCCGAUCUCGCCUGCGUAGGCUCCGCCACAGGCGCCGCCGCCAACUUCGACGAGUGCAAAUCUUGUAUUCCCAAGAAGACGCAAGUCGAGCAAGAUGUUAUUGUGAAGCGUGAGGAGGGUCGCGUAGACAUCACCCUCCCACCAGGCUGCACGAAGAAGGACGUUCGCGAAUGUGUCCUUCACCUCGCUUCGACCGGUGGACUUUGCGCCGCGGCGGCCGCGCAGGCGGGUGUUGACAUCCCGAAUGAUAUUGGAUGCAUUGCUUCCGCUGCUAGCACUGCUAAGAACAUUGAUGAGUGCAAGGCUUGCAUUCCCAAGAAGAGCGUUCUGGUCUAG